AUGAAUCAACUGUCAUAUGUGUUAGUUACAAAGGAACUCAUCGAUUUCAUUGAAAAACAUAAAUAUUGUAUAAAUAAUCAGAUCAAAAUAUCUGAUGAUAAGAGAUAUAGAUUAAGAUUAUACUUGGAAAGACUGAGUCGUUUACCGGAACCAUCAAAACUUGGAGAACCUGAAGAAUGGUUCAAGCAACAGAAUGAUUUACAAUCAAACAAAAUUCUCCCAUAUGUAGCUACACAAUGUGACAGAAUUUUUUAUGGUUAUAUUGACCAAGUGAAAGCAUUUGAAUGGUUCAAAAAAGCUGCAGAAAAUGAUUAUGCUGAUGGUCAAUUCUGUCUUGGAAAAUGCUUUUAUGAAGGACUUGGAACUAAGAAAGAUAUUUUAAAUGCUAUCUACUGGUUUAACAAAGCAAAGGAAAACGGGAAUAAAUAUGCCAAUGAAUUAUUAGAAAAAAUAGUCAGUAAUAUGUAA